UUGUCAUAUUUGAAUUGAAUUGAAUUCACUCACAGAAGCUCACGCUACUACCCAGUACUGCAAGGCUGCAACGGGCAUGCACAAGAGACCGAGACUCACCGGAGCUCCGACAACCCACCAAUCUCCGAUGACCCAACGCACUCCUCAUCGCCUCACGUCCGAGCAAGAGCUCUCCGUAAUGGUCGCCGCGCUCACCAACGUCGUCUCAGGGAGUACCAGUAGUACUACGGCCUCCACUUCCGAGUACUGUGCGGACGCCACGCCGUUCCCGCCCUCCGAAUUGGACACGUGUCAGGUGUGCAAGAUCAACGGCUGUCUGGGCUGCAACUUCUUUUUCCCGCCAUCGCACCAAGAUCGUCGAGAAGAGGAAGAUGAAGAGAAGAAGAAGAAACAACCGAAAUUGGGAGUGACAAAGAGACGCGUUAAGAAGAACUACAGAGGGGUUAGACAGAGGCCUUGGGGCAAAUGGGCCGCCGAGAUCCGAGACCCGAGGAGGGCGGCCCGGGUGUGGCUCGGCACGUUCAACACCGCCGAGGAGGCCGCACGUGCGUACGACAAGGCGGCAAUCGAUUUCCGCGGGCCGCGUGCGAAGCUCAACUUUCCCUUUCCUGACUACGUGUCGGCUGAGGCGCCCAAUUCACAGCCUUCCACCUCCACGACGUCGCCGGAGCAGCAGGUGACUGCAGGAAGCCGGAGGGAAAACGAGUUCUGGGAAGGCAUUGGGGAGGACGAGAUUCAGCAGUGGAUGAUGAUGAUGGAUUUUGCUGGGGAUUCGUCGGAUUCGACUGCUACUGGGACUGAAUAUGCUCGUAGUUCUACUUCAUUUUAGGGGAUAAAUGUUGUGGGUCAAGAUUUUUUUUAUUUUUGACAAAAGAAGGUUAGAAUUUAAGUUUAAUAAUAUGCUUAGAGAAAAAUUAGGCAGUUUGAUUUGCUGUACAAUCCGUUUGAUUCUUUUAAUUUCUUUGGGGAAAAUUUCAUUUUUUUUUUGAGAAUAUUAUCUCCAGAAACGAUCUUAUUAAUGAAAAAUUGUUAUAUGACUAA